AUGCAUGGCCGCUCCAUUGCCAAGACUGCCGCAACACGCGAGUACUCUUCGACCAGCACCGGACUGGAUCCGAGCAGUGGCAGCACUAGCACGAGUAUUGGCACUGGCACUGGCACUAGUGGCGCUCAUCACACGAGCGGGCAGCUGCUCGAGUGGGAGGCAAAGUGGCACGCGCGAUGGGCUGCUCAGCCGAACGCUCUGCCCAGCAACACAGGCUCAGGCUCAGGCUCAGCGCUCAGUCAAUCCAGUACGACGACAACGAAGACGUCGCAUGGGUCGGGAUUGCCACUGCAAGAAUCGUCACGACCGGCGCACGAGUCGUCCGGAUUGACCGCCGCGUCCAGCUCAGCCGACAGCAACAAGCGGUACAUUCUGGCAAUGUUCCCGUACCCGUCAGGACACUUGCACAUGGGCCAUGUGCGAGUAUACACGCUGAGCGACUGUCUCGCGCGGUUUCAUGCCAUGAACGGCAGGCAGGUCCUCCACCCCAUGGGCUGGGACGCCUUUGGAUUGCCAGCGGAAAACGCAGCCAUCGAGCGCGGUGUCGCGCCUGGCGAGUGGACCAUCAAGAACAUUGAGUACAUGCGCAAACAGCUGCAACGUCUGGGCAUGGCGUUCGACUGGAGCAAGGAGGUCACGACAUGCGCUCCAGACUACUACCGAUGGACGCAAUGGAUUUUUCUGAGGUUGCUGAAAGCCGGAUUGGCGUAUCGAAAGAACGCGGUGGUGAACUGGGACCCCGUCGACCAGACCGUGCUUGCCAACGAGCAGGUUGACGAAAAUGGCCGCUCAUGGCGGUCAGGGGCUGUGGUCGAGCAAAAGCUUCUCAAUCAGUGGUUUUUCAAGAUUUCGGCCUUUUCCAAUGAACUCUUGGAAGGACUUGAUCAGUUGGCUUGGCCCGAGUCUGUGAAACAGAUGCAGCGCAACUGGAUUGGCAAGUCGACUGGCGCAUCCUUCACCUUUCGAUUUGCGUCAAGCGAACAGGCCCCGCUGCAGGUUUUCACCACCCGCCCCGACACACUCUUUGGUGUCACCUUUGUAGCACUUGCAGCAGAUCAUCCUGUGACCCAGCAGCGAUUGACAGAGCUGGGCGUGACUCUAGCUGCUAAUACUCAAGGUUUGGAUCUCAAGCUGAACGUCCUGCAUCCAAUCACCGGCAAACCCAUCCCCGUGUACUACGGCUCCUAUGUGCUGAGCGACUAUGGCACUGGCGCCGUGAUGGGUGUUCCUGCGCACGACGAACGCGAUGCUACGUUCGCAAGCGCCAUGUCGCUGCCCACCAUCCCGGUCAUCAUUGCCGAAACAGGCACUCUUGAAAACAGCGGCGAGUUUACUGGUCUACCAGCCAAAGAAGCCGCAGCAGCGAUCGUGGCAAAGGCAGAAACGACCGGAUCUGGGUCCAUCCGAACCGAGUUUCGCUUGCGCGACUGGCUGGUCUCGCGGCAACGCUACUGGGGAGCGCCCAUUCCCGUGAUUCAUUGUCCCAAAUGCGAGGUGGUUCCUGUGCCUGAACACGACUUGCCUGUUGUGCUUCCAACCGAUGCCAAGUUCAGUGGGCGGGGUGGUUCUCCCCUCAAAACUGUGGCGUCGUGGAUGCAUGUGAAUUGCCCGUCAUGUGGCGGCCCAGCUACUCGAGACGCGGACACAAUGGACACGUUUGUUGAUUCGUCCUGGUACUUUGCACGAUUCACCGAUCCACACAAUACCACUGCACCAUUUGACACGGAAGCCGCAAAUAAAGCCAUGCCCACCGACAUUUACGUGGGCGGCGUGGAGCAUGCCAUCCUGCAUUUGUUGUAUGCGCGGUUCUUGACGCGAUUCUUUGUGAAAGAAGGCUUGCUGAAAAAGGAAGCGUCCGAGCCGUUCCAGCGUCUUCUAACACAGGGGAUGGUUCAAGGCAAAACCUUCAAGUCGGCAGUUAGCGGCAAGUACCUGCUCCCAACGGAGCUGGAUUCAGAGCAAAAGCUUGAGCUUCAAACUGGCGUCGCUCCAAAGGUUGUGUACGAGAAAAUGUCAAAGUCCAAGUACAAUGGCGUUGAUCCACAGACCAUGAUUGACCGAUACGGCGCCGAUGUUUUGCGCAUCUUUACCUUGUUCAAAGCGCCGCCAGAAAUGGCCUUGGAGUGGGAUGAGAACGCAAUUGCUGGCUCGCGGCGUUGGGUCAACCGAGUGAUUGAGUUGGUUGAAACCGUCCGACAAGUUCCCCGUGAAGGCACACCGUCGUCCGUUUCGGAUGCUGACUCAGAGGUGUUGGAUCAACUCGUGUUUACGACCAACGCGACGAUUAAAAGCAUCACAAAUUCCUUUGAGCACACGUUUGCCUUCAAUACUGCUGUAUCCGACUUGAUGAAGCUGUCCAACACAAUCAAGGACGUUCCCGCUCGCCUGCACACACAACCCCAGUACACGCAUGCCGUCACAACUGUUGUCCAGCUCAUGGCCCCAAUCGCUCCCGUCGUGGCGAGCGAGCUGUUCGAGCGCUUGUCGCACACUCAGCAAUCCGCCGCUUCCCCCGAGACCGCUCGCGAUGUGUUUUCCGCUGGCUGGCCGGUUGCCAACGACAUGCAGCUCAAGCCCAAAACCAUGUCUCUUGUCGUUCAGAUUCGCGGCAAGGUUCGCCUGACACUCAAGCUCCCAGCGCGUCUCGUCGAAGAUCACUCGGCCCUCAAAAGUGCAGUUUUGGCUGAUGCGCAGGUGCAAAAGUUGCUGGCCAACGCCAAGCUCACAGGCAGCGAGAGCUUUGUUGCUCCACGAGGCAAUUUGAUCAACUUUGUUCAAUAA